AUGCAUCAACCUGCACUGAUCUCUCAGGCCUUGAACAAGAGGUUGGAGAUGAACAGCAAAAAUGCUUGUAGUGAUUCUACCAACAACAGCAAUAGGGAUGAGUCUGCAUCCACUUGCACUGAUCUCUCCCUAAAUUCACCAUCAAACAAGAUGGUUGUUGGGGGUUUUACCAGAUUAAACCCAUCCCAACAACAUCAGCCCUUUCAAUUUCUCACGGGCACCAAUGAGAAGGUGGUACCUUUCAGCAAUGGAUGUUAUAAGAAGUUUGGUGAUUCAAGCAAUGGUUUCUAUCAUGGUGGUCCAGUGAUGAUGAUGAUGGGUGGUGUUGAUCAAUCAGGCCAUUCAGAUUCUAAUUCUGAAGUAUCAGUUUCUGCAGCUGAAUCAAUGAUGGCCCACAACAGAAACAGGCUCUAUUUGCAUGGGGAGAGUGAUCAUGAGAGAGAAGAUCAGCAUGCCUUUCAUUGA